AUGCACAAGCAUGGGAUUAAUCAUUUUUCCACAUACAGUACAAAAAAAGCUGCAACUAUUGCUGAGAGAACUAUCCGAUCACCAAAACACCUACUUUUCACUGAAUUUUCAGUCAGGGGGAGCUACCGGUGGAUCAAUAUCUUAGCAGAUGUUACUGAUUUUUAUAACAACAGGAAACAUCGAACGACAGGUGAAAGACCCAUCGCAGUCGACUUCCAUACACGAUUGAAUGUGUACAAUCAUCCAAAAGUAGCUGGAAAAGGGAAGCUUAAACCUGGCGAUAUCGUCAGACUAAGCAAAUACAAAAGUCUUUUUGAAAAAGGGUAUACAUCGAACUAUUCAAGUUCAGUUACAUAUAUGUUAGAAGACGUGGAAGGUUGUCCAAUAAAAGGCUGUUUCUACGAGAAGGAACUAAGAAAAAUAAAAUUUCCAAAUGAGUACUUGAUUGAAAAGUUUCUACAAGACGAUGAUAACCCCGAAAUGAAUAUUAAAGACUUACAAGAACUAGAGGAAUUUCUCACCCCUGAAGUUCCUGAUAACUCUAACAAGAUAAAAAUAAUUUCGGAUAUCCAAAUUGUACCCCCUCAGCCAAAUGAUGACAGUAUUACAGUCCAUACAGCAGUAGAAAACCCCAUAUUAGAGAUACCUUUCACUGAAUAUAUAAUUACUGAACAGAAAUCAUCUUAUCGAUAUCACAUUGUAAUCAUGAAGUUUUUCAAAGACUAUGUUGAUCCAAACAAAGUAUAUUGCAGUUUUAUCAAAGGUUCAUAA